AUGACAAGUACGCGGGAUGCUGCGCUCCAUCCAAGCGGAGCCUACUGUGCGUUUUUACGCACGGCAGCAGGUCCGAGCUCAUCUAAAAACAGCCUUUUUCAGUUUAUCUCGAUCCUGUUUGUGAUACUGCUCUUCCAGGUCCUGCCAGCAUCAGCUCAUCCUCAGUGUCUGAACUUCGAGCCCCCCUUCAAACCUCCGUGGCACCUGGAGUUCUGCACGCAGUAUGAGGAGUUUGGCUGCUGUGACCAGAAGACAGACAACACGAUCGCUGAGAGAUACUGGGACAUCGUUGACCAGCUGGAAGAGACGGGCUAUGAGCUCUGCGCAGACAUGCUGAAGGAAAUAAUGUGUCAGGAGUGUUCUCCCUAUGCUGCCCACCUUUAUGAUGCUGAGGAUCCCUACACACCUGUCAGAGAGCUACCUGGGCUUUGCUUUGGCUACUGCUCAGAGUUUCACAGCAAAUGUCGCCACGUGGUUAAAUAUCUAACAGAGAACCAGCUGCUGAGGGACACCUCGGAGCGAGAUGCGUCCACUUUCUGCAGCUUAGUCGACCUGUCAGACCAGGACUACUGCUACCCCAAUGUUCUGAAGAGCUCAGACCUCAACAGCAACCUGGGUCAGGUGGUGGAGGACCCCAGAGGAUGUCUCCAGCUGUGCCUGGCCGAGGUGGCCAAUAAUCUCAGGAACCCCGUUUUGAUGCUGCACAGUGGAGAUGAAACCCAUCGCAUGUUCAUUGCAGAGCAGGUGGGCUUUGUUUGGGUUUACCUGCCUGAUGGGAGUCGACUGGAGCAGCCCUUCUUGGACAUGAGCGGGGAGGUGAUGACCACGCCCUGGCUAGGGGAUGAGAGGGGCUUCCUGGGCAUGGCCUUCCACCCCAAGUACAGAGACAACGGACGCUUCUUCAUCUACUACUCGAUCCAGGUCAACAGUAAGGUGGAGAAAAUCCGAAUCAGUGAGAUGAAGGUGUCUGCCUACGAUAUGAACGUGGCUGAUCCUUACUCAGAGAGGGUCAUUCUGGAGAUUGAGGAGCCAGCUGCUAACCAUAACGGAGGCCAGCUGCUGUUCGGCCUCGAUGGAUAUUUGUACAUCUUCACUGGAGAUGGUGGGAAAGCUGGGGAUCCAUUUGGGAAGUACGGGAACUCACAAAACAAAACCGCUCUGCUUGGAAAAGUCCUCCGUAUUGAUAUAGAUGGCUCUAACCCCAGUGGGGGGCCUUACAGAAUCCCUCCUGAUAACCCGUUCAUAGGAGACGCUGACGCCCGCCCAGAGGUGUAUGCAUAUGGCGUGAGAAACAUGUGGCGAUGCUCUGUGGACCGUGGAGAUCAAGUCAGCAGAUACGGCAGAGGCAGGAUCUUCUGUGGAGACGUCGGUCAAAAUCGCUAUGAGGAGAUUGACAUCAUUGAGAAAGGAGGAAACUAUGGAUGGAGAGCCAAGGAGGGCUUUGAGUGCUAUGAUCUGAAACUGUGCCACAACUCUUCCUUGAAUGACAUCCUUCCUAUAUUUGCAUACAGCCAUCAUGUUGGGAAGUCUGUGACAGGGGGAUAUGUGUACCGAGGCUGUGAAUCACCCAAUCUGAACGGCCUGUACAUUUUUGGAGACUUUAUGAGCGGUCGAAUCAUGGCGUUAGAGGAGGAUAAGACGACAGGCAGCUGGAGGGAGAGGAGCGUCUGUAUGGGUGAAAAGAAGACGUGUUCAUUCCCUGGACUCAUCAAUCAUCACCACAAGUUCAUCAUCUCUUUUGCUGAAGAUGAAGCAGGGGAACUUUACUUUAUGGCCACUGCGUACCCAAGCUCCAUGUCUCCUUUUGGGACUGUGUUCAAAUUCGUGGACCCUUCCAGAAGAGCUCCUCCGGGGAAAUGUAAGCAGAAGCCGCUGCCUGUCAAAGUGAGAGGGAAAAAGGUUCCUUUCGUGCCGAGGGAAUGUAAGUCACCUCAUGACAAGCAGCCAGAUUACAACUACGACGACGACAGCCAGCACUACGACGACGACGGCAGCCAGCGCCACUACCACAACGCCUACGACGACAAGCACUGUGAAACCGAAAUGGAAAUCACUCGAUAA